UGAAAAAGGAGGACAUUGAGGCUAUGAACUAAAUGCCAAACCACAAGUUUGUUCUCUCAGCUCCGCUGAUGAGGUACAUUCACAGCAGUAGAGAGCAUAGAUAGCUGUGGAUUUUCUCGAGAACUCCUAGGGCAGGUUGGUACAUUAUUUGGACGUUGUUCUAGUUGCCUGACAAUCCGUUGAGAUGGCUCUUACAGAUCGUUUACCACUGAACACAACUUACUGGAACUUCAACGAGAGUGAUGCAGUGGAUCUUAAUGUGACUGAUACAACCAAUGUAACAGCGACUUCAUUGUCGACUCGGGAUGAAACCUUAGCUAAAGCAGAAAUAGCGUUAAUGGGAGUAAUUCUUUACCUCGCGAUAUUUGGAAAUAGUGUUGUUUUAUUGGUUCUUAAAUGUCGCCGAGCAAAGUUGACUCGAAUGCAGUGGUUUAUUGUUCAUCUGUGUCUAGCUGAUAUUUCAGUUGCAUUGUUUAAUGUGCUUCCACAGAUGGCCUGGGACAUAACCUAUCGAUUCCAAGGAUCGAGUUUCACAUGUAAAGUUGUCAAAUAUUUACAACUGACAUCAAUGUAUGCGUCGUCAUACGUCUUAGUUAUGACGGCGCUUGAUCGUUUCAGUUCCAUUUGUUACCCCCUAGCGAGUCAAACGUGGACAACACGUAGAGUACAUAUCAUGAUAUCAACAGCCUGGAUUUUAUCCUUAGCAUUUUCAAUACCACAAUUGAUCAUCUUCUCAAUGCAGGAAACCUAUAGUGGAAGCGGCGAAUAUGAUUGCUGGGAAACUUUGAGUUUGGGACCUCCAUGGAAAAUUCAGGUUUAUAUCACGUGGAUUUUCCUUUCUAUAUACGCAAUACCUUUGUUAAUUCUUGCAUUUGCAUAUAUCAAAAUAUGUCACGUGGUUUGGGUGAGUGUGGACUCUCGAAAAUGUCCCAAAAAUAGACACAGUGCCAGAAAAAGUUGGAAACUGACAUUUAGGAAAGAUGCAGCUAUUCGGCAGUCAGAUAUGAACAGUCCAAGACUUCUUAAAAACCCGAGAGCUCACAGUAAGGGUGUGUCCAAAUCGAAGAUCAAGACUGUCAAGUUGACUGUGGUAGUAGUUACAUGUUAUUUCUUAUGCUGGGGACCUUUCUUUGUGGCACAGACCUGGGGUGCGUUCGACAUCAAUGCUCCAUUCAACAGUACAGCAUUUGCGAUCAUCCUGUUAUUAGCCAGUCUAAACAGCUGUGUGAAUCCUUGGAUAUUUCUCGCCUUCAGCAGUCACAUGUGUACAUCCCGACCUUCAAAGGACGCACGCCCGUCUACCGUGACCAGCAACUCGUAUUUGGAACCAACAGAGACAAGGACAACCCGUCUUCAGGAACACAAUUCCUUCUCCAGGAGAUCUGCACGAGAUCUGAAGGAAUCUUUUUCCGAAUGUAGUCAGUCCAACCUCUGAACAAACAAAUUUUAUGAGAAUUGAUAUACUUUUCUCAAUCUUUUACUAAGAUAUCCUACACAAAUUGGUCAGUUGUGGUAAUAACGAAUAUCUAAUUUAGUAUAUAAGCAUGGGAGUGUUACUUGUGUCCCCAAAAAUCAUGAGCCUUCGUAAAAGAAGCAUUUGUUUGAUGAACGUGAAUUUCCAUUGACUAUUUACCCAAAUACGUCUUAAAAUAUCAUAUGUAUCAGCGAUUUAGAAAACUCACAACAAUAAACUACAGCGUGGCCACACCAGUAUAUGUCAAAUGUUCCAAGCAACAGAAUAGUGAGGGUUUAUGUUUAAUUACACGAGGGUUGGUACAUCACCAAUGAUGUAUGUCGCAGUUAAAUGUUAAAUGCUUAUUGUUCACGCUUAAUUGAUAACGAAUAGAAUUCUUAUAGGGAAUCAACGCUUCUAAUAAUAAAUAAGAUAUUUGCAUUCGAGAUUAAAAUAUUUUCUUAUAUUACUGAAGUUUCGAUUAAUUAGACAUGAACAUUUUAGAACACCUGCGACAUUACCAGAUGUAUGGAUGUUGCAUGUUCUCUUACAGGUACUAUCAAUAGCGGCCUCGUGAAUGUUGAGACUUAUACUAAUAACAGCACAGUGAUCAUCACUGUAAGCAUGCCAUCAAAAAUAUUACUGAAAAGUAGGAAGAAUAUGAGUACAUCUCUUCAUCAUAAUAUUGUUAAAAUGGCAGUUGCUCAAUGCAGGUUUAAUGUAGAGAUAGAAAAACAAAGUUUGGUCAACCAGAACCACACCAGGAAUAAUGUUGACGUAUAUUUGUGACAAUUAUUGUGCAUGCCUUGCUGUAGUAACUCUAGUGUUAUGAGCGUUUUUGGUUAUCCAUCGUAUUUUUUAGGGCUUGUUGUAGGCAGAACACGUGGGUUAUAGGGUUAUUGAUAAAUUGUAUAUUUCAUUUUGCAUAUUUGUUCAUAAAUAUUUGUUGAUUUAUGGUUUAUACUUUGUUCUUGAUGUAUAUAACGACUUUUUCAGAUAAAAUAAUCUAAUAUUGUCAUUGCAUUUCACAAUCUCAAUAGAAGUGAAGUUACGUUACAUUACGUUGAAUAUACAUUUUUAUAAUGGGAACUUUAUCUGAAAAAAUAUAUCGGUAAUUAUUACAUUGGAGAAACAUCUCUCGAACGAUUUUCUUUAAUGCAAUGGAGGUCUUAAUCCGUGUAUUUUAAACUUAACGUUUACUAUAAUUAGCAGAAGGGUAUAAGUUACACAUAUGCACCACACAGAAUUGUUGAACCAUACAAUUUUAAGAGAGAAUGUUAUAUGAUAUAAAGAAAUUGUCAAUGUUCCUAAGAGGUAUCCGUCCGUCGAUAGGAAUGUACUGAUUACUGAUAAGGUUUUAUGAUUGUACCUACCUGUGAAUACAUGUCAAUACUGAAAGUAGAUAAUAAGAAUAAUUGACGAGUGGUCAUUAUGUACGAGGUGUCAUCUCUCAGUCCUGUUGAAUCAAACACAGCAUGAAGCCUUAAAUUACUGAAUAAUUGGUUUUUUUUAUUUGCAUUAAUAUAAAAAAAAACAGAUAAGUCUGAUGCAUCAGAAUACUUGUAUUUAUUCAUAUUAGUGUUUAAUGCUUUGUAAAUUUGCUUCGACUUGAACAAACGCCCAUCGUUUAUAAUGUGAAGAUAUAUUGGAUAUGUCAUUAAGUGGCUUAACAACCCGAUAUAGUUGUAAUACGUUGGGGUUCGUUAAAAUGUCAAUUGAGAACAACUAGCUGUUGGGUAACCCUAACAACUCUAACCCUCACGGAGGCAACAGUCCGCAAACCGUUCCCCGCGAUGUCGCCAUACUCUGUGAUCACUCUCGCCAUGUGUCAUACAAAACGACUCUUCACUCAUCUGUGUACAACGUGAUACCCUUUUAUUCACAUCCAUUGCCUGUGUGGUUGAGUACAAGGCAGUAAGCUCGAUGACCUGUGUCAAAACUGAACCCGUAUAUCUAUGUCGAGCGAACCAUAGAUAUGUACAAGAUAACGGUUAGGUUAACCACUUCUAAAACAGAAACAGCCUGUUGCGUAGAUGUAUCCGUAUGUCGUGUCCUAUCCUAGGGGUGGUGACACGUGGUUUAUCAGACAUUGAAGUCGUGUUAUUACAUUAUAUGUUCAUAUGAAGUCAUGCUAAUACACUUUAUGUUUUAUUCGUUUUUAAAGACAAACCUUUUGUUGUUUAAAAUAUUCUAGAUUUUUCGUCUUCAAGAUAUAAGAAUGUAAAUGCGUGAUCAAGAUAAACCUGUU